AUGAAAGAACGUCAGUUUGCUCAUGCUGAAUCUAUUAAUGGUUCAAAUGAACCUGUUACUUACCGAAAUAAUUUACUUAUUGAUUCCUCUGCCUCGUCAUCGGGUUUGGUAUCGUCCUUAUCAUAUCCUGCAUCUCCAUCCCUCACUCCAUCUUCAUUAGUAUUAUCCCCAAAACAUUCUCCAUCAUUAAAAUUAUUGCCUCCAUUAUCAAAGUCAAUAACUGCAUCCUCAACACAUUCAUCAUUACCAACAUUACCUUCAUUGUCUUCUUCAAUGCCAUCAUUAUCAAUUUCUUCUUCGUCAUCAUCAUCAUCAUCAAUGUCAUCAUUAACUAAUUCAUCAAUUGGUCAAUCUCAGUUUUGGCGAAAACCAAAUACAUCACAUUCAUAUUUAACUUCUAAUAAUGGUUCAACAUUUUUAAAUGGUCAGAAUCAUUCUCAUUUACACCAUACAGCCUGGAAUUAUCCAUAUCCAAAACCUUUUAAUAAUAAGCCGGUAAGCGAUCCACGUUUUAUACCACCACCGCCUCAAGAUAAUCGAAAAUCAUUGGAGUGGCCUCCUCCAAUAUCUCAUAAUUUUACUUGUAACGAUUCACGAGUUAAAAAUAACGGAGUUGUUGGUUUACCUCCAAUUACUAAUCAUGUGACAAAUAAUGUCUAUGGAACAACUCCUAGUUGUUAUGAUUCUGAAAAAGAGAAAAAUAAAUCAGUAACAUCAGGAAGUAAAGCGGGUUCCCAAGAAAAUAAGAUAACUCCACGUUUCGUUCCAAUUAAAGCUUAUCCAACUGAAUCUGGUAAAAAACAUACGGCUUAUGGUACACGAGGCCGAAGUACUUCAAGUGCAAAGAAUCGUCAUUCAACUGAUGGCAGUGGUGCAGUAACAUAUCAAGCAUUGAAUCGUCGUUCUGUUCACUCUAAUAAGAGUACACAUGUUCGUGGCGUACAUCAAAUGCCAUGUCAACAUGUUAAACAUGCUAGUAAUAUGGCUAGUAAUACGGUUGAUCAACAAAAUUCAUUCAGUUAUUCUCUUAAUUAUGAUGUAAUGGACAACAGUUCAAUAAUGACUGGUAGUAAAUAUGAAAUAAACAAAUCAUUUACAUCUAAUACUUAUAAGGGUAAUUUUCACAAUGAUGUAAUGCAACGAGGUCACUUCAUGGAACGGGCUGGUGAUGAGCCUAGCAAUGUUAUUUCAAAAGUUGGAUCUAUCGACGAUUCACGUAUAAUAGAUUCACGUAUAAUAGAUUCGUCAACAAUUAACAAAGGCGACCUAAUUAAUAAAGUUGUUGAUACUGCUUCUCCCAAUGUUGAUCCAUUAAUUUUAACAGAUAUACGUAAUGGUGAAAGUAAAUCUGUUACAUCGGAAGGAAAAUCUGAAUCUGAUAAAUAUCAAGAACAUGAACAAUCUUCUAGACCGUUAACACCACCAAGAUGUGAUAAUGAAAAAAAUCAAAAGAAUCAAAAGAAUCAGAUUGGAUCUUUGAGUCCGUCAAAUGCUGAAUCGGUUUUAACUCCUCCUACUGUUCAAGAUGAUUUGUCAGUAAUAGAUGUUGAAGAUAGUCCUUCCUCAAUAUCUGCAAAGAAUGAAAAAAUAGAAUCAAAAUCAAAAUUAAAGAAGGAUAAAAUGGGAGUGGUUACGUUGACAGAUUCAGAGGAUUCUUAUAAUUCUGAACGUAAUAAACGUAGCAAACAUGAAAAUUUAGUUAAAAAUGUUCCUGAAUAUGAUACUGAUGAUACAUAUGAUGAUGACGACGAAGAGUAUAGGCCGAAACGAUUAAGACCAAUUAAUCAUCGUAAGAGAGCUAGUGCAGUUCCAAGACGAAUUACACGAAGAACCAAACCACCUGCACCUAAAGACCCUA